GUCGUUUGCCAAGUAUUCUCCACCUCUACAAAUGACAAGCAUUCGUUUGGAGUGGGAGGUAACCUCUGAAGCGCUGCUGGUGCUUGAUGCUCGUAUUUAGAGCCAGAAGUUUAUGCGGUGUUCAACAUGAAUCAUGAUCUCUCAUCUGAACUUCCCGAAAACUCUUACAAUCUGCAAUGUUUACAUAUGACGCAAAAGAAUAAGAGAGAGAAAGAGAGAAAAAGCUGGUUUUACGAGAGAUGAAGAUUGUGGCAAUGCUUAGAUCUCAUGACGGAUGUACAGAACCGUGAUCAACAGCAUCACGGCGUCAAUUACACUUUGAAGGAUAUAUAAUAAUUACCAACGAUGUCUGUUUACACCGUUGUUUUGUUUUGUCUCUUGCACAUGCUGUUCUUAAGGAAAAUAUACCUCUGUAUGGAAACUGAUUUGUGUGAACCUGUUCGACUUGACCGUGAAAAUUACCCAAGUCAUGACAAACUGAACAAAGAACUUGUUGUUUACAGAAUAAACGCUUUUAAUCAGGAAUUGUAUCUUAAUCUUCUGCCUGACUCGAGUUUUCUGGCUCCUGAUGGCACAUUUCAAUAUAACACAUCAUCUUCAAGUGCUUUUUUGGGAGAUGAUUUUAGAAGAUGCUUUUACUCCGGUGAUAUUAAUGCAGACAGGAAUUCAUAUGCAGCUCUCAGUCUCUGUGGAAGCAUCAGAGGAGCGUUCUCUUAUAACGGGAUGGAGUACUUCAUAGAGCGCAGGUCAACCAACACAGCACCAGGACUGAUCCCAGAUGAUGCUGAAAAAAAGCACAUCAUCCGCAGAAGACAUCUUCACGCCUCAACCUCAACAUCUAGGUGCGGAGUUACAUCCAGUUUAAACCAGGGCAUUUUGGACUCCAUAGAAAAGUACAAACCGGUGAAGGGACACACGAGGAACUUGACAGAAACUUUGUUGAAGGGCAAAAGCAGAUCGAAAAGAUUCGCCUCUAUACCGAGGUACGUAGAGGUCCUGGUUGUCGCUGAUGAGUCUAUGGCAAAAUUCCACGGCGACGACCUGAAGCUUUACCUUUUGACUCUCAUGUCUGUCACUGCAAAGCUCUACAAACACCCCAGUAUCUUGAACGCCAUCAGUAUAGUGGUUGUAAAGCUUAUGGUGAUUAAUGAGGCAGAAAAAGGACCCAAAGUAUCCAGUAACGCGGCACUAACGCUGCGCAAUUUCUGCACCUGGCAGAAGAAGCUGAACAAGAUCAACGACAAACACCCAGAGUACUGGGACACAGCUAUUUUGUUUACAAAGCAGGACCUGUGUGGGGGUACCACAUGUGACACUCUGGGUAUGGCUGAUGUAGGAACCAUGUGUGAUCCUAAGAGGAGCUGCUCAGUUAUUGAAGAUGAUGGUCUUCCCUCAGCCUUCACCACCGCACAUGAAUUAGGGCAUGUGUUCAGUAUGCCACAUGACAAUGUGAAGGCUUGUGAGGAGGUAUUUGGAAAGCUGAAGGACAAUCAUAUGAUGUCUCCCACACUGAUCCAGAUUGACCACACCACACCCUGGUCUGUCUGCAGCGCUGCCAUCAUCACAGACUUCCUGGACGCUGGCCACGGUGACUGUCUGCUGGAUCAGCCCCAAAAGCUUUUGGCUCUUCCAGAUGACCCUCCGGGCAUCAGCUACUCGCUCAGCCGUCAAUGUGAACUGGCUUUCGGCUCAGGAUCCAAGCCCUGUCCAUACAUGCAGGCCUGCUCCAAACUGUGGUGCACGGGGAAAGCUAAAGGACAGCUGGUUUGUCAGACUCGCCACUUUCCCUGGGCUGACGGCACUACCUGUGGCAGCAACAAGUUGUGCUAUCGAGGGAUCUGUACUGAUAAGCAAAAUACUACCAAAGACAAGGCAGAUGGACAUUGGGGUCGGUGGGGUCCAUAUGGUUUGUGCUCCUGUACUUGUGGGGGAGGGGUGCAGCUCGCCAAAAGGGACUGUAACAACCCCACCCCUGAAAACGGGGGCAAGUACUGCCAGGGACUGAGAGUGAAGUAUCGCUCAUGCAACUUAAAGCCCUGUAAAGACUCAGGAAAGAGCUUUCGUGAGGAGCAGUGUGAGGCGUUCAAUGGUAUCAGUCUGAACACUAGCAGACUGAGCCCGUCUGUGGUCUGGGUUCCGAAAUACUCUGGAAUCUCUGUUAAGGACAGAUGCAAGCUCAUCUGCCGAGCCAACGGCACCGGAUACUUCUAUGUCCUUGCACAGAAGGUGGUGGAUGGAACCCCUUGUUCUCCUGAUACCUCGGCAGUCUGUGUUCAGGGAAAGUGCAUUAAGGCCGGCUGUGAUGGCAAACUGAGCUCCAACAUGAAGUUUGACAAAUGUGGUGUGUGUGGGGGAGACAACCACAACUGCAAGAAAGUCUCUGGAAUGUUCACAAAACCCAUGAAUGGCUAUAAUUUUGUGGUGACUCUACCGGUCGGAGCUGCAAACGUGGAUGUAAGGCAGCGUGGUUACCGUGGUUUGAUUAACGAUGACAACUAUUUAGCAGUAAAGAACGAUCACGGCAAAUAUCUCCUGAAUGGAAACUUUGUGGUUUCAACGGUAGAAAAAGACAUUAUCGUAAAGGGAAGUCUGCUUCGCUACAGUGGAACCGGGACAUCAGUGGAAAUACUGCAGGCCUCUAAACCUCUCAAAGAGUCUCUUACGGUGGAACUGUUGUCGGUGGGUAAAAUGACACCUCCUCGUGUGCGCUACUCCUACUACCAGAAUGUGGGACAGAAGGAGGGCAAGAUCUUAAGGAAGGACGAAAGGAACCCUACACAGAACAGUGUGCUGGAAGACAGCAAUAGAGUGGAGGUAAAGAAGCCAGCCUAUCAUAUGCCAUCUUAUAAAUGGGUGCCAGAGGACUGGAAUAAGUGCUCGGUUACCUGUGGGAAUGGGGUUCAAAGUAGACAGAUACAGUGUUUGGACUCGGAUGGGAAAACAGCUACACACUGUGACGGCACACAAAAACCCAGUGCCAUAAGGGUGUGUGGUGACCCUUGCCCAAUGUGGAGUAUUGGCGAAUGGUCCUCAUGCUCUAAAACCUGCGGGAAAGGCUUUAAGAGACGCCCAAUGCAAUGCACCACUCAGACUGGACUGCUUUUACCUAGAGACCACUGCUCAAGCAAAAGAAAGCCACAAGAACUGGACUUUUGCACUGUUCGGCCCUGCUAGUAAACGAUUCGUUGUGUUCUGAAACACAUCUUAUGGAGCCAAAGUGAUCUUAUUACAUGUGCAUCCUAGGUUGCCUCAUUUCAAAUGGAAAUAUUAUCAUGAAACAAAGACAAAAAAUGUCUUUUACGAUUACAUUGUUACAUGUUAACGUACAGAUAUCGCCUACCUCGAAAAGGACAGGGUGUUUUAAAGCAACAAAAUAAAAAUAAGAUGCUGUGGCAUUAGAACUGUCACAAAAUAAAACUAGCAUCUCCUCUACAUAUGGUUUGUAGACAAUAUCAAAAAGUGUUUGAGUUUGAAUUUGGAUUUUAAAUACAUGUGAAUAAUUUGAUCUAAAUGUGAAGCAUAUUGUAUUCAAAAAUAGGGCUACUUGGUCCAUGCACUAUUGAUCAUUUGUAUUCAUAUAUUAGGCUGAGAUAGUCAGUAGAUUAAAAUGUUACCAAUCAAUGAAGUUUCAAUGAGCAGAAUAGAAAGAAGUAAACCAGAUAGAAAGUCUUUGGAUAUCUAUAUUUUCUUGUAAAACUGAUCUCUGCUAAAAUAGACUGAUGUUGAUACAGCCUUGGUACUGCAAAUGUUGUGCAAAAGCAACUUCAUAUACAAUGCGAUUUCAAUAUCUAAAAUCUCCACAGUAUACAGAGGGGAAAAAAAGAAGAAAUAUUAAAAACAUUCAGCUGCUACGACUGUGAAAUCACCAUGUUUCUUAGAUGGAAAUUCAGUAUUGUUUUAUUGUGCGUGUAUUAGAUGUAUUCUCUGCUGGACUUAUGAAGAUACAUAAUAACUUGUGUUAACAACCCUUGUAAACCAAUGUUGUUGAAAUGUUGUUGCUAAGAGCAUCUCAUUCAUUUCAAAGGUGCUUCCUUGUUUUAUUUAGUUUUCUCAUCUUUUGAUGUUAAAACAGCAAAAGGCACUUAUGUUUUUCUAUUGGAAUCCAUUGUAUACCAUGUAUACAUUCAUCAACUGUACACAAAUAAAUACAGAAA